UUAAGGACCGUGGUGCAGACGGCAUUUAGCGCGAGUCCAUCAGAGCCGGACAACAGCAGCGUUGCCAACUGGCCAUAAUAGUUGCGGCACCUUCAGGAUUUAAUUGUAUCUGGUUGGCGAGAGUCGAUUUCCCUUCGCUUCAGGGAGUUUUUAUUUUCCUUGCUUCCGGUGAAGUGGGGGAAUGGAUGGGCUGCUUGGGGAAGAUAUGAAGUUGUUAAAACUCUGCGUGCCUUUUAUUUGGUUUGGUUUGGUGCAUACGUACAACAUUGAUCUGGAACACCCAGUCGUUUUUCAGGGAACUAGCGGGACUUUCUUCGGGUAUUCGGUGCUGGAGCAUUUCCACGACAACACCCGGUGGGUGCUGGUUGGGGCCCCCCAGGCUAACUCAACUUAUAGUUCAUCUGUGCUGUCCCCGGGCGCCGUAUACAAAUGUCGAAUCCACAGUAACCCCGCCAAGAGAUGUACAGAGCUGGAUCUGGGUCGAGGGAAUCAACAAGGAAAAUCUUGUGGUAAAACCUGCAGAGAGAACAGGAACAAUGAGUGGAUGGGAGUGAGUCUGUCCAGACAGGAAGGAGGCAAUGGUAGUAUUCUGGCAUGUGCACAUCGUUGGAAGAACGUCCACUAUGAGAAUGAUCACAUCCUGCCCCACGGUGCCUGCUACAUCAUUCCACCUAAUUUAUCCUCAAAAACUAAAGAGUUGCUCCCCUGCUACCAAGAAUAUAAGAAGAAAUAUGGAGAAGAACAUGGUUCCUGCCAAGCUGGGAUAGCAGGCCACUUUGCUGAAGACCUUGUUGUAAUGGGAGCACCUGGAUCAUACUACUGGACUGGUACAGUGAAAGUUUACAGUUUGAAAGAUGGCAAAAAUUAUCAUUUUGAGGAUACAGGUUUUGGGUCCAGCCACUACCGUUACCUGGGAUACUCAGUGGCUACAGGCCACUUCACACAACCCAGUUCUUUGGAGAUCGUAGGAGGAGCCCCGCAAGAUGGAGGUGUUGGAAAGGUGUACAUAUUUAAAAUUGACGUAGAUAAACUCUCAACAGUGUCCACUUUCCCAGGAAAAGAGAUGGGCUCGUAUUUUGGCUCAUCACUGUGUGCAGUUGACUUGAAUGCAGAUGGCUACUCAGAUCUUUUAGUUGGAGCCCCUAUGUCCACGCAGAUAAGAGAUGAGGGACAAGUAACAGUUUUCAUCAACAGAGGCAAUGCAGUCCUGGAAGAACAGCAGCUUUUGAAUGGAGAUAGCAUGUACAAUGCUCACUUUGGAGAGUGUAUUGGUGCACUUGGUGAUAUUGAUGAUGAUGGCUUUCCAGAUAUAGCAAUUGGAGCGCCUAAUGAAAAUGAUUUUAGAGGAGCUGUCUACAUUUAUCAUGGAGAUACCAAUGGAAUCAUCUCCACAUAUUCAAUGAAGGUGUUGGCACAGAAAAUCAAUCCAGAAUUGCGCAUGUUCGGCCAAUCCAUUUCGGGAGGAGUGGACAUGGAUGGAAAUGCUUAUAAAGAUGUAACCAUUGGUGCCUUCACGUCAGACAGUGUGGUUCUGCUGAGAGCUCGUCCAGUUAUUACUAUGGAGAUUGUUAUCCUUCUUCCUGGCUCAAUUAACAUCACAGCUCCACAGUGCCAUGAUGGCUUGCAGUCGUUCAACUGCCUAAAUGUCACUACUUGUUUUCGCUUUCAUGGCAAGCAGGUCCCUGGUGAAAUAGAACUGGUUUACAAUCUGACAGCGGAUGUCGUCAAGAAAGAGAAAGGCCUACAGACCCGAGUUUACAUCCGUGCAAAUGAACCAGUGAGCCAGGUCACGGAGAAGAUCGGGCUGACCUCCAAGAAGGAGAGUUGCAAGCAUUAUUUUGUCGUUGUCAAGCGGGAGGUGAAGGAUGUGAUUGCACCAAUUGUCUUUGAAGUAUCAUACAGCUUGGGCAAGCACAAAAUUGGUGACAAGACUCUGAAGGAUCUUCCAGCUUUACAACCAAUCCUUCGCUGGAAGAAAGGUCAUAAACUUGCUCAUCGAAACCAGACUGUGUUUGAAAGGAACUGUAUGUCAGAUGACUGUGCUGCCGAUCUGCAACUUCAAGGCAAGCUGUUCCUGUCCAGCUUUGAUAGACACAAGACUUUCCUGGCACUGGGGGCAGUGAAGAACAUCUCUGUGAAUGUGACCAUUUUAAAUGCUGGGGAUGAUGCAUAUGACACCAAUGUUUAUUUUAACUUCUCUCAAGAGCUCUUCUUCAUCAAGAUGUGGCAGAAGGAAGAAAAAGGCACUAACUGUGAGCUGGUGGAGUCAGAUUUCCUGCAAUGCAGCGUGGGAUUUCCUUUCAUGAGACGGCAUUCUAAGUACGAAUUCAGCUUGAUUUUUGAUACAAGUCAUCUUUAUGGAGAGCAGGAGAACUUGGAGUUCAUAGUCACAACACAGAGUGGGAACGUGGAGCAUAAUGACACUCUGCAUGACAACACACUUAUCCUCACAAUGCCUCUGAAACAUGAAGUGGAUACUGCUGUGACAGGGUCUAUUUCUCCAGCUUCCUUCCUUUAUGGUGAUUCAGUGGAUGCUUCAAAAUUUAUUCAGAUGGAAGAUAUGUCCUGUUUCUUUCAACCAUUCAACUUGACAUUUCAGGUUAUAAACAUGGGCCCAAGCAGUGCACCUGGUCUGGCUGUCCAAAUUUUGAUUCCUAGCAGGCUCUUUACAAAUGGAGCAGAUAUCUUUCUAGUCCAGGAGGCUGUGGUUGGUCAGGAGGGAGGCAAUUGUACCUACUACCAGAACAUUCAACCUUGCUUCAUACCUCAAGAUAAAGAGAAUAUCUUCCACACAAUCUUUGCGUUCUUCACCAAGUCCGGCAGGAAAGUGCUGGAUUGCGAUAGACCCGGCCGACCUUGUUUGAUCAUCGACUGUGAAUUAAGUUCUGUAGCAAAGGAAGAAACCAGAAACAUUUAUGUCCACUUGCUACUGAAUACUGAGAUAUUGAAAAAGGACAGUGCCUCAGUUAUUCAGUUUGUUACCAGGGCAAAAGGAAUGGUCUCCGAAGACAGAAGAAUAGUAGAGGUGGCAGGUGGACUUCCUGAAGAUGCAACAGUGGUGUUUGAAGCAUUGCAUAAUCUGGAACCUCGUGGUUAUGUCGUGGGAUGGAUCAUCGCUAUUAGUCUGUUUGUUGGAAUACUCAUUUUCCUGCUGCUUGCUGUUUUGCUCUGGAAGAUGGGCUUCUUUCGCCGAAGGUACAAAGAAAUCAUUGAAGCUGAGAAGAACAGGAAGGACAGUGAAGAAAGCUGGGACUGGCUCCAGAAAGACCAGUGAGCUCCAGAGAAUUAAAUCAUGUGACAUGCAGCAGAUAAUUGACCCUGCUCCAGAGCCUUCCAUAUAUGGAAGAAGGGAUCCUUCUCCAGAUUUUUUGGAGAACUGAUAAUUGAAUAUUUGUGUAAUUCAGCAGCUGGAAGUGUUCCUGAGGCAGACACACCAAGCAGAAGAUCUGUUGUGUGGUGCUUGAGCUUCCUUUAAGAAUUAAGAAAACAAAGUGCUGUGGAGACUAAGAAUGGAAGAGAAUAGGAUUUGCAACAAUAUAGCCCUCAGGAGAUAAAUUCUCUUUGUGUGUUCAGUAAAGAAAAGCAAAUAUUUUUAUAAGAGAAGAACUUGUCUGUUCAAAUGUUUAUUCCUUUAUAUUUUUAUCCAAAAGUUUUUAUCCAAAUGUAAUUUACUCAUAUUCAGUUGUUUAUCAGACUCACUGCACUGAUGUCUUGCUCGGAGCCUGAGUGAUGACAAUUUGAUAAAGAAGCUGUUUCGCCAGAAGCUCUUUGCAGUAAGGUCAAUCUUGGUGAUGAAAUUCAUGACCACUUGCAGAGUUAUCUACCACUUUCAGUACUGUACAUACUUUGCACUUUGCCUCAAACUCUUUUCCAUUAUCUGCUGUCUGAAACAGUGAGAUUGUGUUGCUGUACACUAUAUAAAAUAUACUUUUCAGCCUAUUAUGGAAGUUGGGAGCAGCUGAGGAAUUAUUAAAGGCCUCCAUGCUCUAGUUAGCUCCAAGAAAAUGAUUUCUGUGUCAGGCCAUAAUUCAGAGACUUCUCCCCUCAUCAGCUGAAACUAUACCAUGUGUCAUUUGUUUAGAAUAAAGUGUGUCUAUGGUAAUCUCUAACAGAUGAAUAACAUACUGACUUUUACCACUGGAUCUCAAGACAGGAACAAUGGCUGUCUACCUGCAUCUGCAGAGAAAGUAGUUUGUGGACUAGUAUGCAGGCAAUAGCACAAAACUUCCACAAAAUUUGGGAGAAAACUGAUAAAGAAAGGAGUAAAACAGCUUCUGUAUUUCUACAGGAUUCCUAAAACACUCCUCACACACCAAGUUAUCACAGAAAUAUUUGUUGAAUGAGAUGAGAGGAGAGUGACAAGGGAGAGGAAUAAGGACUGGAGUGAAAACAGAGUCAAGCGGGAAAUAUCAAAAGUUUGACGACUGAGGAAAAGUGUGAGGAGGUUUAUUGUGAAGCAUCUGCUGAUAGCAGAACUGAAAGUUUAAGAUAUAUGUGGUAGAAAAUAAUGGGAGGAGCAUUUGCAGGUGGUGAGGAGGUCAGUGAAUUAAACGGGAUAAAUUUUGAUUGCUUGAGGAAUUGAGGGCUGUGGGCAACUGGCAUGGUAGAAGAGAAAAAGCCUAAUGUAGAUGAGCCAUGAUCAUAAACAGGAAAUUCUGCAGAUGCUGGAACUCCAGAGUAACACAGCAGGUCAGGCGGCAUCUAUGGGAACGAUGUUUCAGGCCAAGACAAGACAGGAAAGGAAGGAGGAAGUUGCCAGAAUAAAAAGGUGGUGGGGGGAAGGAAAGGAGGACAAGCUAGAAGGUAAGUUAGCAGCAUGCUCAGAUGCAGUGGCUUUUACAGAGGCAACCAAGGGUGUUAUUGACUUUUCUUAAACGUAUUUUUUGCGAUUGCAAGAUCUUGCUGGACAUUAAAAACUCAAAGUACUUCAGGUGUACCCCAUCAGCGAGUUGCUUGUUGGCAGAGAAGCUGAAGGAUCUGGACUUGGUGUGGAUUGUGCUGCUGUUUAUGUCAGAGAGUCGGUGUUGAUGUGCGAAUGUAGUGUGCGGCCUAACAGCGUGUGAUUGUCUUGUGAAUGCAAAACCCUGUUGGACAUUGUUAAUGUGGAAUUGCUGCAAGCUGGAUUCACUGGUUUAUUGGCAGAUGGUAGGUUGGACAGUGGGGGGAGCUUCACGGUCUCAGUCAUAGCAAGGACUAGGCAUCAAGCCGCAGUGUCACCUGUUUGCAGCCAGCCAGGAGAGAGGCGUCGAAGUUGCUGCGUUCCACUGGAGUGAUAGAGGCAGCUGGUGCAGCCUCCGUGCUGGGGCUGGGGCUGGUGCUGCCCUCCAGUGUGACUCAUUCAGCUGCAACGCCCAUGGACUCAGCCAUGGGCUUUUUUUGUGUGCCUGUAUUUUACUGCUAUCUUACUUGAGCUGUAUGCACCUUGUGCUGUGUGUGACUGUUGGUUCUGUACUUUCCACCUUGCCUCUAGAGUAACACAGUUUAAUUUGCCUGUGUUAGGGUAUGGUUGAAAUGGUAAUUAAACUUAUAAACUUGAAGGUGAUAGGUGAAGCCAGGUGGGUGGGAAAGGUAAAGGGCUGGAGUAUAAGGAAUCUGACAGGGGAGGAGAGUGGACCAUGGGAGAAAGGGAAGAAGGAGCAGCUCCACGGGGAGGUGAUAGGAAGGUGAGGUAAGGGUAAGAGGCCAAGAGGGCAAUAGAAGGCAGAAGGGGGAAGGGAAAAGAAAAAAAGAGAAAAUGAAAUUACUUGAAGAAGAAAUCAAUGUUCAUAUCAUCAGGUUGGAGGCUACCUAGAUGGAAUAUGAGGUGUUGCUCCUCCACCCUGAUCUGGCUUCAUCAUUGCAGGACAAACAUAUCAAAUGCAGAUUUGAACUAACAUGGUUGGAAACCCAGAAAUUUUGCUUUUGGCAGAUGGAGCGGAGGUGCUCGACAAAACAUUCCCCAAUUUAUGUCCAGUCUCAACAAUGUAGGGGUGGCUGCAUCAGGAGCACUAGAUACAAUAGACGACCCUAACAGAUUCAGAGGUCAAGUGUUGCCUCACCUGGAGGGACUCUUUAGGACCCUGAAUGGAGGUGAGGGAGGAAGUGCUCUCACCUUCUAGCUUAUCCUCAUUCCCUUCCCCCCACCUUUUUAUUCUGGCAUCUUCCCCCUUCCUUUCCUGUCUCAGCCUGACCCAUCAACUGUUUAUUCAUUUUCAUAGAUGCUGCCUGACCCGCUGAGUUCCUCCAGCAUUUUGUGUGUGUUGUUAGCCAUGAUCAUUUUGGAAGGUGAAUCAGGUUUGAGUGACUGAGUGGCCUGGUCAUAUUUGCAUAGAUUCUUGUAUUGGAGUAGGGAGGAUUAAUUCCUGUGGUUUGUGUAUAUUUGGAAUGUGUUGACCUUGUUGAUUCCGCUUCAAUAGUGUCAUGAAGGGAAAUCCUUGAGUCUCUCUGAAUCUUGACCUUUCUGGUGACUGAGAUGCUUGUGCAAUACUGAAAUAUACUAACAAAAGCAAUAUUAAACAUUCUGAUGAAAAGUUUAAUUCUGGAGCUUUCAUUCAUGUUCUAGUUACCUUAAUACACAACUAUUCCAAAGCAAUUCCAGCAGCCUCCCUUCUUUCAGUUUCUAUAAGCUUGAGGUAUUCAAACAUUCUGCUCUCCGCCCUGUGUAGUUCACACCCAGUUAUGUUUCCCCAUUGCUCACAUUAGCUUCAAAAUAAGCAAAUUUUGAAAUUGUCGCCCAUGAUUUCAAAUCCAUCCACGCUAUUGCAAUGUUAUUUCCUUCCAUCCUUCUGACACUCAAAACAUCAGCUCAUUCCACUGAUUGAAUCAUCCCACCUUUGACCAGAUGGAGUUAAGUUUACCUGAUAGAGGCAUAUCAAGUUAUAAGAGGUAUAGAGGGAGUAAAUACAAUCUUUCCCCCAUUUUAGGUACAUCAAGGUGAGGGUUUAAGUUCAGAGGAAGGGGAUUUUAAAGGGGGAUUAAAGGGUAAGUUUGUUUAUUGCAUAAAGAAUAGUUGAUAUGUGGAAGUCGCUGCCAAAGGAAGUGGUUAAAUCAGCUAUCAUCACAACAUUUAAGAGGCUUUUAGACAGGUAGAGUAAUUGAAUGGGAAUGUCUUUGAAGGAUAUGGUCCUAAUGUGGGCAAAUAGGUCAGCAUGGACGUGCACCAUGUCCUGCUUUAUGAUGGUCCUAAAAAGACUCUUACCAACAUCUCCUUACUUGAUACGGAAAUAAAUUUUGUUUGGUGAUACUCUUGUGAAGCAUAAUUAAUGAGGUUCAGUUAUUAAAUGUCAGUAAGUUAUUAAUUUCCUGACUGGAUUAUAGUGGGAUGCAAUAUAUAUGAGGGUAAUUCAAACCUACUAAGAAAUCCAGUUGACCUACAUGCAGUUUGCAAUCUGUUUGACUGAAGCUCCGGAUAACAACAUCACUGAACUUCCUUCCAUAACACAAUAGUGUAGUAAUCAGUGUAGCACAAUGCAGUACCAGCGUUCUGAAGAUCAGAUUCGAUUUCCGCCACUGUCUGUAAGGACUGAACAGUCUCCCUGUGACCAUGUCUCCCCUGGCUCUGGUUUCCUCCCACAUUCCAAAGAUGUUAAGUGUAGUAGCUGUGGGCAUGCUGUGCUGGCAGCGUUUGAUGCUGAUGCAAACGAUGCAUUUCACCGUAUAUUUCGAUGUUUCAAUGUGCAUGUGACAAAUAAAGUGAAUCUUUGUGUCUGUAAUAUAAGGAAACCAAAAUGUCUCCCUAAACUUGAAGUGAACUAAGUUCUCAGUAAGAUUUAUUCAUUGCAAUACUUAGCAAAGUAGACCGUGCUUGAAGUUGGUGAUAAUUAUUCACAGCUUUACAUUGGAGGAGAUUUUAUUCAUUUGCAUGUGCUGGUAAUAUGCAUUAAGCAAAGAUGGAGGUCACUGCAACAUCUUGUGAGGGGAAUGGGGCAGUAAUGCCAUUUGCUUGCUGGAGGUUAUGUCAUGAAGGUGAGUCUCUGGAAUUAGAUCACACUUAGGGCAUCAUUGUACUGAUUGCAGGACAGAAUUAAAUCUGAAAAGCCUACCUGCAUUUCACCAGGUUGUUGUCUGCAUUAGCGGAUAAAUUGUGUAUUUCUUCCAUUGAAAGAGUGCAGGAAUUAUAUUCUAAUAGGGCACUCAAUGGUAAAUUUUAACAAGGUUCAAACACCCAGUGGGGAAGUAAAUGGGAAUAUAAUUACCACUUUUUAUAUAGUUCUGCGACCUGAUUGAGUGAAAUUCAGGAUUAUUUGUUUACUGAGUUACUGCCUGGAAUAGGCCCUUCCGGCCCUUCGAGUCUCGCUGCCCAGCAAUCCCCUGAUUUAAUCCUAGCCUAAUCAUGGAACAAUUUACAGACUAAUUAACCCACCAUCCAGGACUGUGGGAGGAAACCAGUGGAAACCCACAUGGUCACGGGGAGAAUGUACAAACUCUUUACAGGACAGCAGCAGGAAUUGAACCUGGAUCGCUGCUACUGUGGAGUGUUGUGCUAACCACUACACUACCUUCUGCAAGGGGCGCAGGGGGAAAUGACAACAGAAUCUCCAAUGUGGAUCUAAAUUAAUGUGAAGUCAGGUUCUUGCUUUUUUAUAUACAUAGAAUGGCAAUAAUGGUUGAAUGCUCCUCAAUAUUGGUUGGUAAUCAAGUCAAAGAAAAGAUACAAAUAUAAAAUGGAUUUUUCUCAAUAAAGCGCACUGGUCACUGCCUCAACAAAAAUAAAUAACUUGUCAAGUACUUUUAUUCCAUACUCAUAUGUUCACAGAAAGUUCAGGUCAAUAAGAAAAUAUUAUUUUGACUUUUGGAGAGAAUGUACACUCACAGGACAACUGUACGUCUAUCAGAAACUCAUUGUGUAAACAUUCCAACCAGUAACUAAAUUUCAGACCUUGAUAACUGGGCAAGAGAAAGAGCUGGUCUCUGGACUUUUAUCUUGAAAGAAUGUAAUUGCUAUGAAGCUAAUGACUCGCCCAUCUUCCAGUUUAAAAGACUGAAAAAAAAAAGUCUCAAUAUUUUUGUGGCGGUCCAUUUAUUAAACUUGUUACUACUAGCACAUUAACUGGCAGUGUCUAAUCUUGUAUUGUUAGAUAAUGCAGCUGUGCUGCUUGAAUAUGCCAAUAUUCAAGAGGUACCAUGUUUCUGUCAUUUCUGCUUCAUUAGUCACUAAGAUUUCAAUCCAUGGUAUGCAUAGUAUGAAGAGUUUCAAAGGUAUGGGGAAGAUUUGCGUCUCUUGAAGCAGAGGAGGUUUUUGAAGCAGUCACGAAGAGGAUUGCUGAGGGCAAGGCAGUAGAUAUGGAUUUCAGCAAAGCCCCACAAGAUAGUCUGGUCUAGAAGGUGAAAUCACAGGGGAUCCAGGUGAGUUGGACAACGGGAUAAAUAAAGUUGGUUUAGCGUAAAGAGUCUGAGGGCAAUAGGGCAGAGCUGUUUUUCAGAAUGGAAACCUGUAACUAGUGCUGUGCCACAGGGAUCAGUGCUGGGUCCAUUGUAGUUUGUCAUUUAUAUUAAUACCUUGAAUGACAAAGUAGCUGGCAUGGUUAGGGAGAUUGUAGGUGACCAAGAUUGGUGGCAUAGGGGACGUAAAGAGUGAUAUCUGAAAAUUCAGUAAGGUCAAGAUCAUCUGGGGAUGUGGGCCAAAAAAUGGCAUAUGAAAUUUAAAUCCGACAAGAGCAAAGUGAUGAAUUUUUGAAAGGUAAACUAAGGGAGGACUUGCACAGUAAAUGGCAGGACACUGGGAAAUGUUGUAGAUCGGGCAGACCUAAGGGUUUAAGUACUUAGUUCCCUGGAAGUGGAGACGCUGCUAGACAGGGUGGUAAAGGAGGUAUUUGGCAUGCUUGCUUACCAUUAUCGCAUGGAGUAUGAGUGCAGAAAAUAGCUAUAUUACACAUUGGUAAGUCUGCACAUGGAAUAGUGUGUGCAGUUCUGGUCAUCACGGGUAGGGUUUAAAUGGAUGUUGGCCAAAUGCAGGCAAAUGGGAAUAGUUCUGGGGCACAAUCUGGUCAGCAUGGACAAAUUGUCUUCACUCUACACAACUCUAUGACUUCACUCUAGUGCAGGGGUUCCCAACCUUUUUUAUACCAUGGACCCCUACCAAUAACCGAGGGUCUGGUUGGAAACCCCUGCUCUAGUGACAGUAAAUAUCAGUAUCAGACAUAGUGAUCUCCAGUAUUAAAUCUUGAGAUAAGUCUUUGAGAAAAAGUUAAGAUAUAACCAAGGUUGCUUCAAUUUAUCUAGCAAUAAUGGGUAAACUGCAUUAACCUAUAGGAAAUAAAACCUUUUUGUUAUAGCAAACUGUGACCUGGAAUUUGGACUCAUUGAACAAUUUCUCAUUAUAAAAAACCUAAGUUGUGGGACAAAUUUAAAAAUAAUGGCAGUUAAUUUAUGAAUAAGAGAGGAAAAUUUCAGAAAAAUAUUUACAGUUGUAUUGUGGUAGCUUUCAAAAAUACUUAAUACAAAAGCUACUUAAAAUAUAUCAACACCUAAAAUAUUUUUGAAAAGUGUAAAAUCUGCUUUUCAAAAAUGUCUUAUCAAGUGUUUCGGCUAUGGUAAUGCCUCCGUUUUCCAAUACACAGCCCUUGGUCCACGGCAGAGCAUCCACGGGUGUGAUCGGUUCAGUUCUCAGGAACAGCUGCAGGAACAAGUAAGCUGGGGAUGAGCAAAUUGUAGUCAGGGUGGCCGAGGGGGAAGUCAGUGAUUCCAAAAGCAGGAGCAGAUUGGCCAGUGUAGCAGAGGUGGAAUCACCAUUCAGAGAGGGGCCUUAUUAUGAAAGAGAGCUUCUCUUGUAGGAACAAAUUCAAAAUCUAUGAAUUGCCAGAUGAAAAAUGAUCAAAUGUCUUUCCAGUUAAUUUCAUGCUAUUCUGGUAAUUGCCUAAGUAACAAUAAUCAUGGUAAUCGAUUAUACAACCCAUAACAGAUCCAAGCACGGGGCUUAUGGAAAUUGUGAACUAUCCUUCCAACAGCAAAUAUUACCUGAUCAGAAUUUCAUUCCAUAAGAUUAUCCCCAUUUCUAUAUUAACCUCUGAUCAUUGAUGUCCAAAAGCAAUUCUGCUUAUCUGAUGCAUGGUUCAAAAUAUUUGCACAAUAACUUGUGCAUGACAGGUUUCAGAGUAAAAUAACUUUGAUCACAGCAACUUCUAAUCUGCAGAUGGAUACCACAGUGCAAGGGGGACAGAUUUCAAUAGUUUCUAUGACAGAUGCCACACAUAAUCCUGUGUUUCAAAUCUUUCUCACGUAAUUCAGGUUGUAUUCUUGGUGUGCUGAGUUAGUGUAGAUUUAUCAAUAACAUGAUAAAACAAAUGUUAUACAUAACAAGCUAAAUCAAAAUACAAAGUAAGAUUACGUAGCUUAAUCUUCCAAGGCUGGAUAGUAACUGCUGGAUUUCUUUUCUCUAUAUCAUUUGACAUAAGGGCAUCAUUUUAAAUUUGACUUCUGCAUCAGCUGCUUUGAAAGUGAUUCCUUUGUUAUCUUUCGUUCAUUUAUGUGGAUCAGUUAUCAUGUUUUUGAAAAGUAUGUUAAAAUAUUCCUCAACAAAAACAUUGUAUAUUAUUCAAUUAUGGUGUACUAAUUUUAGGAAACUGAAAUAUAGUUUCAUAUUAUAAUAAUAAAACUUGGAGAAAAUAUUUAUAAGACACAACAUUUCACAAUCAAAUGACUAAGCAAUCAUUGUACUAUUAUAAAAGAGUAUGCCAAAAUAUGUACAUAUAAUAUUGACUACAUCAUGUGCCCAACAAUGUUUACUUCCUUCCGCAAGUAAUUGACUAGUUUUGUGACUAAUUGAGUGAUCUGUUUGACUGUUGGAUUUUUUUUUGCCUUGUCCUCAGAAAUUUGAGAUUGUUGUCUGUAAUAUCCAUUUAAGAUCUUCAUCCACCAAAGAGCCUUCAGAAAAGUUUUCUCACAAUUCUGGAAAUUAUUCCCUAAACUAAACUGAAGGCCAGUUGCAGGGUUUAGAUCAUGUCUGAUCAACAAUUAACAAAUUCCCAGUCCAGACCAGAAGGAAAACCUCUAAAUAUGUAAUAAUUUUAUAAUUAAAUCAUCCUAACACCACCAAAGUCAAAUAAGUGUAACCCUGUUUCUCCUUAAGUUUUAGACUAUUUCUUUUGUACACUGCAUGUUACCAUAGUCUUAUGUAAUCCAAUUUACAAGUGAAUCCAUCUUCCUGUGCUUCAAUUAGUCUGCAAACAACUGUGAAUUGAAGGCAGGGCUACAUUUGUAAUUGUGAAUGAACUGUGUUUCUUCAAACAAGGCCCUUCAACCGGAAAUUACUGUUUAAAAAGACAAGUGGAGCAAAAUUGUUCUCUCUCAAUUGCACUAAACAGGCUAGAGUUAAUGGGUAGUCCAUUCAAAGUUUUUCCAUUGUUGCUAGUGAAAGUUAGGUGUGAGGUUGAAUGCUUCAUUCUUGCAUUUUGCAAAGAAGCAAAAUUUGUUCUGUGUCAAAACACAAAGAACAUUUUACAGCCAAUGAAGAAAAAACAAUAAUUAAUAGUCUCAAGCUCACAACUUAUUUCAAGGAAAUAAUUUUACCAAUUUCCAGUGGAAUUGGAGUAAAUAAUAUUGUAUUUAUGGGAAUUUUUAUAUUAAUCUGCUUGCUUAAUUAAAUAGUGAUGAGUUUUACAACUAAUCUUCCCCUCUGAGUUGAGGGGAAGUUCAUCUUUGGUUACAGGUGGAUGUUUAGAAGAAUAAUCUAAUAGUGGGAGCUUGACAUUCCCCAGCUCAGGCUACUUGAACAUGAAUGAAGUUCCUUAACUAUCGUCCAGUUAAACUCACACAGGACUGAAUUUGAAUCUCUGAUCGGAAUGACCUAAUGCUAUGUAACCCAGUGGAGUUCAGAAUGUUUACAUAUUGCUGACCUUGUUUGAGUUGUAUUUUAGGCACACACAGUACUGCAUACUAAUAGCCAACAAAAGGUCUUAAGCUUUACUUUGGAUUGGAAGAUACUACUACUACUGUUUCUUUAUUAUAUUUGGGAUUUGAUUUUUCAUG